CAACAAAUUACAUAGAAUUGAAUAAUCAAACCAUUGCAUAUUUGCAUGCAUCCAAUUAUACUAAAAAUUAUGUCCAAGAGAGCUCGAAUAGAUGAUGGUCCCGACAACUUGAGGAUCUCCAAAUCACCCAAACCUAAUCCCUCCCCCACCGUCAUGCCGCCGCAGCAAAGCACUGAUAAUGACGCCAACAAUAAGUUCCCGAGGUGGUCGAUUGGUGGUGAUGACCAGACGGAGGCGGCGGCAACUAGAGCCUCUCCGGCAGCGGGUCCACGUGGCAGCAGAAGCAAGGAAGCGAGGUGCAAUAGGCUUUGCCAGUUUCUUGAGAGGUGUUCUUUUUGCGGCAAUACCAUUGAUCCAUCCCGCCACAUCUUCAUGUACAUGUCAAACCCAUUCUGCCGUAUGGUAUGUCGGGCGAAACAAAUCUGCAUUGACGAGAUAAUAGUGAAUAUGAAGAAGAAAGAGGAGUGGCGGCGCGGCCAAUACAAGAGCGGAUGAGCAUGCAUGGCGAGAGGUGGUUCCGUCAUGCUGUCGCCGGCCGCCUUCUGAGCAUGGCGGGGUUAGCUGCCGGUGCUGUGAAUACAUGUAGCCUUUUAAUUUGUAUAUAGCCUUAAGCCCUUAAUUAAUUUGAUCAUAUAUGUUUGUUUCAUUAGUUUCUUUGCUCAAACACUCCAAUUGUCCCUAACAUAAAUUAGAGGUGUAAUU